GCCACGCCUCUGUGCGUUUUCCUCCGUUGAUUUCAUACCAAACUCAUACUUGGCAUUCCGCCUUUUUUCUGUCAGACACUAUUGUUUUAGCCGAGGAAAUACUCACUAUUUGGAAAGUAAAUCUGUCGCAGAAGCCAGAGUAUCAGGAGAGAAGAGUGUGCUUGUAGGAGUGAAGCAGGAGAGCCUUUGUAAGGUGUGUUGUGGCAGGAGCCGUCAUCAUUGCGUCGGAGUGGAGUUGCCGUGGCAGCCCAGAUGGGGCGCAGGAGGAGAGCGGCAAUGAAGGACUGGGCGAUGGAGCAGACCGCGGAUUGGAUGGUGACCCAGAGGGGGUGUGGAGUCCAGACAUUGAGCAGAGCUUUCAAGAAGCUCUGGCCAUCUAUCCUCCCUGUGGCAGGAGGAAGAUCAUCCUUUCAGAUGAGGGGAAGAUGUAUGGUCGAAAUGAGCUGAUAGCUCGAUACAUCAAACUACGAACAGGGAAGACACGCACACGUAAACAGGUGUCUAGUCACAUUCAGGUUCUGGCACGUAAGAGGGUACGAGAAUACCAGACAAGCAUCAAGGCCAUGAACUUGGACCAGGUAUCCAAAGACAAGGCUCUGCAGACAGUAGCCAACCUCUCAUCAGCUCAGAUUGUGUCUGCUAGUGUGAUGAAACCCCAACCUCCGUUCCCUCCACCAGUCAGAUUUUGGCCAGGGCCUUUGCCAGGACAGCCUGGACAUUCUCAGGACAUCAAGCCCUUUGCACAGCCGCCUUUCACUACGAUACCAGCCCCUGUCCCUGCACCUAUCAGUUAUGAGCCCCUGCCUCCUCCACGCCCUGCAGCUAUAGCAGCGCCUGUAUGGCAAGACAGAACCAUCGCCUCUGCAAAACUUCGGCUACUGGAGUUCUCUGCUUUUAUGGAGAGCCAGAGAGACCGGGAGACGUUCAAACACCUUUUCGUACACAUUGGCCCAUCAAACCCGGGCUACAACGACCCUGUGCUGGAGUCCAUAGAUGUGAGGCAGAUUUACGACAAGUUCUCUGAGAAAAAAGGAGGCCUGAAGGAGCUGUAUGAAAAAGGGCCACAUAACGCUUUCUUCCUCGUCAAGUUCUGGGCGGACCUGAGCAGUGACAUUGAGGAGGGCUCUGGCGUAUUCUAUGGCGUGAGCAGCCAGUACAGUGGAACAGAAAACAUCACCAUCAGUGUCUCAACAAAGGUGUGCUCCUUCGGAAAACAGGUGGUAGAGAAGGUUGAGACUGAAUAUGCACAUUUGGAAGGAGGAAAGUACAUGUUCCGCAUCCAUCGCUCCCCCAUGUGUGAAUAUAUGAUCAACUUCAUUCACAAACUCAAACACCUGCCGGAGAAUUAUAUGAUGAACAGUGUACUGGAGAAUUUCACCAUCCUACAGGUUGUGUCCAACAGAGAAACUCAGGAGACUCUGCUGUGCAUUGCCUUCGUCUUUGAGGUGUCCACUAGUGAACAUGGAGCUCAGUACCACGUGUAUCGACUAGUUAAUGACUAGCAGCACUUUUACGUGCAUGCAGAGACUUUCUCCCGAAACUUUUUUACACGUACAGCAUUAAAAAUAAUUUCAAACUCAAACACAGAAACCUUGCUCUUCUCCUCUAAACUCACUUUUAACAGACCAACAGUCACACUGUAGUCACACCUUGCUGAACGUGUAUGUCUCCAUCCCCUUUUGUUAUCAUCCCAUGAUUUAGACAUGCAAGUUUAACCCAUCUACAUAGGUUCACACUGUUUCAGUGUACAAACAGGCAGCACAUUUGCCUUAGUGCUGCUGUGGAGCUGCAGCUUCAAGAUCUGUCUUUUUACAUAAACAUUGCCCUUAAAAUGACUGAGUUAUCAGACAGUUUAGCUUGUUUCAAUGUGGACCGUAUUUUAUACUUUAUUAAAAGAGAUGUGAAACAGAGGCGGGUUUAAGUCAAGAAAAAGUACUUUUUCCUUGUUAUUGCUGCAAUUUAAGACACUUUAACAGCAUUAAAAUGCAUAUUAGGGUUGUUAACAUGUCAGGACAGAGAACCAUGUUCAGUUUUCAAAUGUGUGUCCAGAGAACUGCCACAUUAGAGUUAAAGUUUUGGGUAUAACACAAAUAAAAGUAUGCUAUUUACAGGAGCUUAAGAUAAAUCUCACUCCAAACAGCAAACGCUCCAUCCUCUGUACUUUGGAGCCUUACAUUUAGAACAAAGACUUCUACAGAAGGAUCUCGUUUUAGUUUUAAUGUUUUAAUAUGUCACUUUGCUCUAGACCCUUGGCUCUCAACUGGUCCAGCCUCAGGACCCAGCAGUCUGUCUUACGACAGAUUGCAACCCAAAAUUCUAAUAAAUUUUCAACAAUGCAUGUUUAGUUCAUUGAAUAUGUUGCAGUUUGGAGCGUGAUUGGACCAAAAUACCUGAUAUAAAAAGAAAAGGGACAAAACUGACAAAUUUUAUUCCCUCUUUCCCUUCAUUAUGUGUCAACUUUUGCCAAUUUUCCCGAGAACUUGUGAAAUUACUUUAUUAUCAUGGGAAAAGUACCCAUUUAUUGCAAGAAGAGGAGAUAAAUUAGUUGAAAUAUUGAUCAAAAAUUCAAAUUUCACAG